AAUUUUCAGGAGUUGAUGGCCAACGUGAUAUCAACAGAGAAUGAUUUCGAGCCAAUUGGAUAUUUUUUCAUCUUGUUUUCCGGACUGACUGCUUUUAUUAUUGCCCUAUUUGUAUGGAUGAGAUGGGAUACCGACAAGAAGAGCCAGAAUGAAAGACAAGAUUCGACUGACUCAGAUCAAAAUACUGAAGAUGAAAAUUUGAAAGCACAAAAUAAAUCUAAUUCUUUUCCGAAAAAUGCAAAGAAACAAGGAAAGUGGAAAUUUGAAAAGAUGCGAGCACCGCAAUUUGAACAUCCGUGGCUUUUAACAACACUAAAAGGACAUGUAAGUGAUGUCUUGGAUUUGGAUUUUUCUUCAAAUGGCAAAUAUGUUGCAUCAGUUAGCUCAGAUCGUUCACUCUAUCUCUGGAAUGUUAAGGAUUUCUGUGAGCGUGACCACAAAUUGCAUCGUUGUAGUGUUGAACUGGACGAUGCAAGUCAUAUCGUCUUUGCACCUGAUUCAAAAUGUGUCCUUAUGAGUCUAAAAAUUGCUAACAAGUUGGAUGUUUACAAAAUGACAAAGAAGGAAGGUACUCAAAGUUAUAAGUUUUCGCGUGUUGAAAAUGUUGAUUUUCCGGUUGUCCAUGACGAGGAUAUCAAUAACAUUGGAAUUGCCUGUAAUGGAAAAUUUGUGAUGUCGGCAUCAGUCGAUAAUCAGCUUGUGAUAUAUAGCAUUCAUGGAGAAGUCUUUAGAAAGAUUGAGCUAAAAUUGAACAUUCUGUACAGUGCAUGUAUCUCACCGUGUGGACGUUUUGUUGGAGCAAGUGGUUUUACACCCGAUGUUUUUGUUUUUGAAGUAUUAUUUGAUCGUCAAGGAAGCUUUCAAGAUGUGAAAAAAGCUUUUGAACUAAAGGGUCACAGUUCUCGUAUUUACUCGUUUUCUUUCGAUCAAAGUUCAACACGAUGUGUCACAGCAUCUAAGGAUGGAACAUGGAAAGUCUAUAAUACCGAUGUGCGUUAUUCACAAGGCGAAGAAACCAAGAUUAUUGCCAGUGGAGAAUUUGAACUGCUGAAGAAUGCUCGUCCCGAGUCAGUCAAAGUAGUAAUGAGUCCAUCAGGAAAUAGUUUUGUUAUAUCAGCUAAUCGUCACAUACGUUUGUAUAGCACUUUACGACCUCAAAAGGAAUUCAAAAUGAUUUUGGAUGUACACGACAAGCCAAUAAAUGGCCUACGGAUGAGUUCAUGCGGGACAAUGAUCGCAACUUGUGGUGAUCGAUAUAUUAGGAUAUUUCAUAAUGUUGCAGAAUUUUAUAGUAAUGUAGUUUUGCUGGAAAAAACCAUACAAGAAACUCGUGAAGAUAGCAGAAGGCGACGUCUUGAAGAACAACUACAUGAAGCUAAGCGAGCACUUAGUCCAUUUUCAUUUUCUUAAUUCAGAUUUGGAGAAAUAAGGUGAAUUCUAUCUUUUCAUCGCAAUAAAAUUGAAUUGUAAAAG